UCUCGCAUUCGCCAUCACGUACCAAGAUGGCGGCGUCCAUGGCGCUGAACUUGGACAAUUUGCCUUCGGAUCCUUUGCUGCUUAUCUUAUCGUUUCUGGACUUCAGAGAUCUGGUCAGUUGCAGUCUUGUAAGUCGGCGCUUGAAUGAGCUGACGGGUCAUAAUCCUUUAUGGAAGGGGCUUUGCCAGAAGCACUGGCUUCUCACCGAAGCAGAUAAGGCUCAGAGAGGGCAGAGCUGGAAGGAGCUGUUCCGGGAGUUUUAUGCCGAUUUAGGUCACUACAUUAAUCACUACACCACACUGAAGAAAGCCUGGGAUGACCUGAAGAGCUAUCUGGGGCAGAAAUGCCCCCGAAUGAUCGCCUCUCUCAAAGAGGGCGCAAAGGAGGAGGAACUGGAUGCAAUUGAGGCUCAAAUUGGCUGCAAGCUCCCUAAUGAUUACCGCUGCUCCUAUAGGAUACACAAUGGACAGAAAUUGGUUGUUCCUGGGUUGAUGGGCAGUAUGGCCUUGUCCAAUCACUAUCGCUCAGAGGACCUGUUGGACAUCGAGACAGCAGCAGGGGGGUUCCAGCAGAGGAAGGGCAUGCGGCAAUGUCUUCCUCUCACUUUCUGCUUCCACACAGGGCUGAGCCAGUACAUGGCCUUGGAGAGCACGGAGGGCCGCGUGCGCAAUGAAAUAUUUUACCACUGCCCGGAUCAACUGGCACAAGAUCCAUCUGCUAUUGAUAUGUUCAUAACAGGGUCUAGCUUUACCGAAUGGUUUACCUCAUAUGUCCAGAAUGUAGUCACAGGAGAGUAUCCCAUCAUUCGGGACCAGAUCUUCAGGUACGUCCACGAUAAGAAGUGUGUGGCCACUACUGGUGACAUCACUGUUUCAGUCUCCACCUCUUUUCUGCCUGAACUCAGCUCUGUCCAUCCACCACAUUUCUUCUUUACAUACAGAAUCAGGAUUGAGAUGGCACGGUCAGCGCUGCCUGAAAGUGCAUGCCAGCUGGACAGCCGUUACUGGAAAAUCACCAAUGCCAACGGGAAUGUGGAGGAGGUUCGAGGGCCUGGUGUUGUAGGGGAGUUUCCAGUUAUGACCCCUGGCAAAGUGCACGAGUAUGCCAGCUGCACCACAUUCUCCACCACCUCAGAGUACAUGGAGGGCCAUUACACCUUCCACAGGCUUAAAAAUAAAGAGGAAGUCUUUGACAUCUCCAUUCCACGAUUCCACAUGGUGUGCCCGCCCUUCCGCGAGUCCAUAGUUCGCUCGAGCUCAGUGAGUGAGGUGUCUGUUGCUUCUUUCCAUGAUGACAACUCCUCAGAUACAGAUGACUACGAGGAGGGAGAGCUGCGGGGUAUGAACAUGGCUGACCCGGGGGGCCGCUGUCCUCGUCACAUCUGAUGCACUUGUUACUUUCUCUGUCUCUCUCACACACACAUUUUCACACAUACAUUCAUACACAAACAGCAGUGCAGCAGGGAGCAGUGUUUUUUUUAGAAUUCCAUUGUUUAUUAUACAGAGGCUUUGUGUCUGUCCUCUCGUGAACCUCCACACCCAUGUGUGUGUGUAUGCGUGUAUAACGUUCUGAGAGAGAAUGAGUGACAAUACGACACUAUAGUCGCAGUGUUUGCUCUCAAAAAAGCUUACGAGAAAAGACUUGCAAACACGCACACAUAGCACUCAGUAAGCUUUUGUUUUGUACACACUGCCUGCACUGUUGUCAGCUCUGAACGCUCAACCAAAAACAAAGAGACUGACACUAGCUCUAAUAGCUAAUGACAAAUACUCAGACCAGCGCUGCUCCCAAAAUACAGUAUUCUUCAAAGGG